AUGAAGGGAAAUGGAACUAGUAAAAGUAGUGAUGAACCGUGUGUUCUAAUGGAUUCUUCAAUGAAGGUCUCUAUGUCUACUCAGACACGUAUCUGUGAAAAUGGUAAAACAAUCCCUAAAAACUCUAUUGUUGCUUUAAACUUAGGUAAAGUCCUAGAAGAAGAGAAUUUAGUUAAUUCCAGAGGUAAGCCGCAAAAGGUUGAGACUGCAUCUGGAAAGGGUUUUCAACCUUCUUGUGGCUUUGAAGGUGCAACAGAGAAAUUGAUGGAAGCAAUUCUUGUGCAAAAUUGA